AUGGCUGGACUUCAAUACAGUUUCUUCCCGACCGACUUCUUCUACCCACGAGCUUCUCCUCCGGCUACAACAAGCCUUGUCGUUGUUAAUCCAAAGGUUGAGAUAUUAACCCAAAAGAGAGAUGGGUUAGUAGUGAUUGAUGAAACUCGUGCUUCUUUGUCUCUGCUUAUCCGUGAAAAGACGAGUAACCAAUCACGUUUCGAUACACAAAUAUUGAAGAAGAAGAAGAAGCCAUUUCUGAUCGAAGAUGACAUGUAA